GCCGCCUCGCCGACUCGGGUUUCGAACGAUUCUGUCAUUGCUAUAAACACCCAACUCCAACAUAGAAUGGUCAAGCGCACGGCCGACGAAGAGGCCGCCGCCGGCCCGCUCAAGGCUGGCGAGCGGCCGGACGCCAUGGACGUCGACGACAAGCACAACGAUAUGGGCGAGUUCGAGGACGAAUUCGAGGACGAGUUUGAGAGCGAGGACGAGAUCAUCGAGGCCGGCGUGGACGGGCGACCAGAUGCAGAACGGGAAGCCGAGGAGGCCAUGGACGUCGACCAAGCCGGUCCCGGCACCUUCAUCGUCGGCCGCACGAAGCUCGAGCCCGGCCAGACGCUCGCGCCCGACCCGACCACAUACCGCAUGCUGCACAACCUGAGCACACCGUGGCCAUGUCUGUCGUUCGACAUCAUCCGCGACGGCCUGGGCGACAACCGCAGCGUGUAUCCCGCCACCAUGUACACCGUGGCUGGCACGCAGGCCGACAGCGCCAAGGCCAGCGACAACUCCAUCAUGGUCAUGAAGUUCAGCGGCCUCAGCAAGAUGCAGGGCGACGACGAUGAGGAAUCGAGCGACGACGAGUCCGACGACGAGGACGCGGAUCCCAUCCUCGAGCACAAGAGUAUCCCGCUCAACACGACCACAAACCGGAUACGAGCGCACCAAACACCCUCCCAAGACCCCGCCAGACCCCCCACCACUCUCACGGCGACCAUGACCGAGUCGACCAACGUCUUCAUCCACGACAUCACACCGCACCUCUCCUCAUUCGACACUCCCGGCACCAUCGUCACGCCGCAACAAAACAAGCCGCUCUGCACCAUCCGCGCCCACAAGUCGGAGGGCUAUGCAGUCGACUGGUCGCCCCUGCAUGCCGCCGGGAAGCUCCUGACGGGCGACAACGACGGCCUGAUCUACGUGACAACGCGCACCGACGGCGGCGGCUUCGUCACCGACACGCGGGCCUUCCAGGGCCACACCUCCAGCGUCGAGGAGAUCCAGUGGAGCCCGUCCGAGGCGUCCGUCUUCGCGUCCGCCUCGAGCGACGGCACCAUCCGCGUGUGGGACGUGCGGUCCAAGGCCCGCAAGCCGGCGCUGACGAUGCAGGUGAGCGACGUGGACGUCAACGUCAUGUCGUGGUCGCGGCAGACCACCCACCUGCUCGCGUCGGGCGACGACGCCGGCGUCUGGGCCGUCUGGGACCUGCGGCAGUGGAAGCCGAGCGCGGGCGGGAGUGCGGCUGCGGCGUCGGCGGCGGUCCAGCGGCCGAGCCCCGUUGCGAGCUUCAACUUCCACAAGGAGCAGAUCACCAGCGUCGAGUGGCACCCGACCGACGACAGCAUCGUCGCCGUCUCGGCGGGCGACAACACGGUGUCGCUGUGGGAUCUGGCGGUCGAGCUGGACGACGAGGAGAGCAGGGAUACCGCGGGCGUGCAGGACGUGCCGCCGCAGCUGCUGUUUGUGCACUACCAGAACCUGGCCAAGGAGGUGCACUGGCACCCCCAGAUACCGGGUGUGCUGGUGGCCACGGGCGAGGAGUUCAGUGUGUUCAGGACCAUCAGCGUAUAGGGGAAUCCAGGGACCGGCGUCUUGAAUACGAAUGGCAUUGUCGGCCUUUUAUGCUCAAUACCUGUUUUUAGAAUCGUCGGCGCUGCUUCAUAAUGGAUUCCGGCGGCCCAUAUCACUGUUGCCACGACUUC